GAGAGACAGAGAGAGAGACUUGACUCUCUUCACCGUGUUUAGGGUACCAUACUCACUAGUGAAAGCUCAGAAUGGGAAAAACAUAGUAACUCAUUCACGCAUGACUGAUAUUGACAGAGAUUGAGUGAAAAUUCCACCACACAUUCAAGUAUUGCAUGAUGUACACGCCAAAGUUUAUAGCUUUCUAAAGUCUAAGAGAAGAAAAUCCCAGAUGCUAUCACAGACCACUUCUAUGGAUUACGAAAGGAUCCAAAAGCCUCAGGUUGGUGGUGGUGGGGGAUUUUCACCUGGGAAGUUGAGGACUAUGCUACUUGGGGUAGAGAAGAAGAGGAAGGAGCAGGAAGACUCUGUAUCUACUUUCAAUUUGAGAUCUCAAGCUUCUGUGUUUGAAGUCACUGGUGGUGCUGAUAACUGCAAAGAUGUAGAUGUUGUGAGUGUUCAUCCUGAAUGCUCAACUUCAACUGCUGCUGAUUUAUCAGGCCCAGAGAUGAUGAGUGACCGCAGGUUUAAGGACAAUGCAUUAGGCAAUUUCAGAGCUAGGAAUCAAGAAGACCCGUCGUUAGAUUAUGAUAGUGGACAUGAUGCAAUGAAUGUGUCGGCAUCCAUCUUUGAGUUUCAGAAGGCAGAAAGGGGCACACAAAGACUGCCUCUUGCACCUUUCUCCAAACCAGCUCCAUCCAAAUGGGAUGAUGCUCAGAAGUGGAUAGCAAGUCCAACUUGGAGCAGGCCGAAGAGUGGGCAAGCAGUUGGACUGCGAAAGGCGGGUACCCUUGGUAAUGGGAGUCGCCAACCUACGACAAAGGUUGUUGUUGAAGUUCCAGAUCCAAAAGUAGCUAACUUUGACGAGCCGGAUACGAAACGGAUUGACACAAAUCAAGCUAAGAUGGAAAGUGCGGGGCAGAAGUUUGUUAGCUGGGAGGCUGACCCAUACCACAGUGCUGAUUCCUAUGGCAAGCCUGUGCUCAUGAUCGAAAAUUCUGUUGGAGAGUCAGCAAUCAAUCUUAGCCGGCUUGAUUCUUCUGGAGCUUUCCAUGGCACAACAACAUUUAUUCCUCCCCCUUCAACGGCAAGGUCUGUGUCAAUGAGAGAUAUGGGUACAGAGAUGACACCAAUUGCUAGCCAGGAACCUUCCAGGACUGGAACUCCAGUGGGGGCAACAACACCAAUUCGUAGUCCAACUAAUUCAAGGCCAUCUACUCCUACCAGAGCCACACAAGCUUCAUCUCUGAUUGCUCCAUUUAUUGACCACAUAGAUCCUAACAAGGAGUUGUCUGAGAAGGAGAAAACCAGGAGAGAGAUAAUGGCUCUUGGGACACAGCUGGGUAAGAUGAAUAUUGCUGCCUGGGCUAGCAAAGAAGAGGAUAAAGAUGCAUCAACAUCAGUGAAAUCUGCACCAGAAGAACAACUAGCUAACAGUGUUAUUGAGACACGUGCAGCAGCAUGGGAGGAGGCUGAGAAAGCCAAGUAUUUGGCUAGGUUCAAACGUGAAGAGAUGAAAAUUCAAGCGUGGGAAAAUCAUCAGAAAGCACAAACAGAAGCAGAGAUGAGGAAAGUUGAGGUAGAGAUUGAAAGGAUAAGGGGACGGGCACACAGUAAGCUAAUGAAUAAGUUAGCAGCUGCAAGGCAUAAGGCUCAAGAAAAGCGAGCAGCAGCUGAGGCCAAGAGAAACCAGCAAGCUGCAAAAACGGAGCAACAAGCAGAGUACAUUCGCAGAACUGGCCGAAUCCCUUCCACAUUUUCUUGUUGGGGUUGGUGCUCUUGAUGUUUUGAAUCAUUGUCUACCGUGGAGGCCUUUUGUCCGAUUUUCUGUCAAUCGCAUUUAUGUACGUCCAUGUUCACACCUGUGCUUAUAUACAUGAGCACAGUAAGAUGGCCGACCCUCAUGUAGAAACCUAAAGACUCCGAUUUGGCUAAGUAAGCCCUGUAAAAAUAGCAACUACUUAAUCCGAGUGUCAACUUUUGCAGUCUGUUUGGCCCUUGUGAGAUCAACCAUGUUUGAAGAUGUAAGCAUUGACCAACACAAAACACACAAGCCAGUUAGACUGUUUUACCCAACAAA